GUCAUUUCCGCCGGGCGGCUCGUCGUGCCGGGGGCUCCACUCCCGCGCGCCAGGCGAGCGAGCGGGCAAGUUGGCUGCGGCGCUGCGCCGGGCGCCUCCUUCCUUCCCCGCCGGCGACCCUCGGCGGCUCGAGCCAUGAACUGAAGCCCCCGCGGGACGCACACCCGGGGCUGAGCGGCGGAGGCUGCAGCCGCGGCCGCCGCCAGGGCUCGGAGCGAGCCGACCCCAGCGCCUUUCCCCUGCCGUCGCCGCUCCCACCGCGGUCGCCUCCGACGCUCCAGCCUCGGGACCGCCACACAAAAGCCGCCCUCUCCGCGUCGCCCACCCCGGGAGCCUGCGGCCGGCCACCGACCCCACCUGAGGGCGCCUCGGGCUGCGGACUUCGCUCUCUGUCCGAGCUCCGCGUCCCACGCGGGCACCAACCCCGCCGCCCAUGGCUCUGAUCAUGGAACCAGUGAGCAAAUGGUCUCCGAGUCAAGUAGUGGACUGGAUGAAAGGUCUUGAUGACUGUUUGCAGCAGUAUAUUAAGAACUUUGAGAGGGAGAAGAUCAGUGGAGAUCAGCUGCUACGCAUCACACAUCAGGAGCUAGAAGAUCUGGGCGUCAGCCGUAUUGGCCAUCAGGAGCUGAUCUUGGAGGCAGUUGACCUUCUGUGUGCACUGAAUUAUGGCUUAGAAACAGAAAAUCUAAAAACCCUUUCCCACAAGUUGAAUGCAUCUGCCAAAAAUCUACAGAACUUCAUAACAGGAAGGAGAAGGAGUGGCCAUUAUGAUGGGAGGACCAGCAGAAAACUGCCGAACGACUUUCUGACCUCAGUUGUGGAUCUGAUUGGAGCAGCCAAGAGUCUCCUUGCUUGGUUGGACAGGUCACCAUUUGCUGCUGUGACAGACUAUUCAGUCACACGAAAUAACGUCAUACAACUCUGCUUGGAACUAACAACAAUUGUACAACAGGAUUGCACAGUGUAUGAAACUGAGAAUAAAAUUCUUCAUGUGUGUAAAACUCUUUCUGGAGUCUGUGACCACAUCAUAUCUCUGUCAUCAGAUCCUCUGGUUUCACAGUCUGCUCACCUGGAAGUGAUUCAGCUGGCAAAUAUUAAACCAAGUGAAGGACUGGGUAUGUACAUUAAAUCUACGUAUGAUGGCCUCCAUGUAAUUACUGGAACCACAGAAAAUUCACCUGCAGAUCGAUGCAAGAAAAUCCAUGCUGGUGAUGAAGUGAUUCAAGUUAAUCAUCAGACUGUGGUGGGGUGGCAGUUGAAAAAUUUGGUGAAUGCACUACGAGAGGACCCGAGUGGUGUUAUCUUAACUUUGAAAAAGCGACCUCAGAGCAUGCUUACCUCAGCACCAGCUUUACUGAAAAAUAUGAGAUGGAAGCCCCUUGCUCUGCAGCCUCUUAUACCUAGAAGUCCCACAAGCAGCGUUGCUACGCCCUCCAGCACCAUCAGUACACCCACCAAAAGAGACAGUUCUGCCCUCCAGGAUCUCUACAUUCCCCCACCUCCUGCAGAACCAUAUAUUCCCAGGGAUGAAAAGGGAAACCUUCCUUGUGAAGAUCUCAGAGGACAUAUGGUGGGCAAGCCAGUUCAUAAGGGAUCUGAAUCCCCAAACUCAUUUCUGGAUCAGGAAUAUCGAAAGAGGUUUAACAUUGUGGAAGAAGAUACUGUCUUAUAUUGCUAUGAAUAUGAAAAAGGAAGAUCAAGUAGUCAAGGAAGACGAGAAAGCACACCGACCUAUGGCAAGCUACGACCUAUAUCUAUGCCAGUCGAAUAUAAUUGGGUGGGGGACUAUGAAGAUCCAAAUAAGAUGAAGAGAGAUAGUAGAAGAGAAAACUCUCUACUUCGAUAUAUGAGCAAUGAAAAAAUUGCUCAAGAAGAAUACAUGUUUCAGAGAAACAGCAAAAAAGACACAGGGAAGAAGUCAAAAAAGAAGGGUGAUAAGAGUAAUAGCCCAACUCACUACUCGUUGCUACCUAGUUUGCAAAUGGAUGCUUUGAGACAGGACAUCAUGGGCACACCAGUGCCAGAAACCACACUGUACCAUACAUUUCAGCAGUCCUCUCUGCAGCACAAAUCAAAGAAGAAAAACAAAGGAGCUAUAGCAGGCAAGAGCAAAAGACGAAUUUCUUGCAAGGAUCUUGGUCGUGGUGACUGUGAGGGAUGGCUUUGGAAAAAGAAAGAUGCAAAGAGCUAUUUUUCGCAGAAAUGGAAGAAGUACUGGUUUGUCCUAAAAGAUGCAUCCCUAUACUGGUAUAUUAAUGAAGAGGAUGAAAAAGCAGAAGGAUUCAUCAGUCUGCCUGAAUUUAAAAUUGAUAGAGCCAGUGAAUGCCGCAAGAAAUAUGCAUUCAAAGCCUGCCAUCCUAAAAUCAAAAGCUUUUAUUUUGCUGCGGAACAUCUUGAUGACAUGAACAGGUGGCUUAAUAGAAUUAACAUGCUGACUGCGGGAUAUGCAGAGAGAGAGAGGAUUAAGCAAGAACAAGAUUACUGGAGUGAGAGUGACAAAGAGGAAGCAGAUACUCCAUCAACACCGAAACAAGACAGCCCUCCACCCCCCUAUGAUACAUACCCACGGCCUCCCUCUAUGAGUUGUGCCAGUCCUUAUGUGGAAGCAAAACAUAGCCGGCUUUCCUCCACCGAGACCUCUCAGUCUCAGUCUUCACAUGAGGAAUUUCGCCAGGAAGUUACUGGGAGCAGUGCCGUGUCCCCCAUUCGCAAGACAGCCAGUCAGCGCCGCUCCUGGCAGGAUUUAAUCGAGACACCGCUAACAAGUUCAGGCUUACACUAUCUUCAGACUCUGCCUCUGGAAGAUUCUGUCUUCUCUGACUCGGCAGCCAUCUCCCCUGAGCACAGGCGGCAGUCUACUCUUCCGACUCAGAAGUGCCACCUCCAGGAUCACUAUGGCCCAUACCCUUUAGCUGAGAGUGAGAGGCUGCAAGUGUUGAAUGGCAGUGGGUGCAAGCCCCGAAGUUUCACUCUGCCUCGAGAUAGCGGGUUCAACCACUGCUGUCUGAAUGCACCAGUUAGUGCCUGUGACCCACAAGAUGACAUACAGCCACCAGAGGUGGAGGAAGAAGAGGAAGAGGAAGGGGAGGCAGCAGGAGAAAACAUAGGCGAGAAAAGCUAAUACACUGCGAGAGUUGGUAGAACCUCUCCAUGCCAAAUCGGAUCCACUUCUGUUGGCACUCAACCCAUUGGAAUCACAGAUUGAUAAGCUAAUGUUUAGAGAAUUUAGAUCGAAGAGAGUCGGCACGGCGCAGACUCAACAUCAACCUCUUGCAAGCAACUAAAAUGGCCUCGUCCUUGCUGUUUAUAACAGAAAACAGACUUGUAAAAAGCUUAGACCAUCAAGUGUUGUGGAUUUGGGGCCUCCCUAAAGGGAUAUUAUGAGGGGCAGGCCACUCUUUAAGAAGAAUUCGAGCUUUCUACAGUGGGACUAGCAUAAGACCAAACCAAUCAAGAUGGAGCACAGUAGCCGAAAACUGCCCUUUCUAUGGGAGAACAGAGGGUAAAGGGUCUUGCCUGGGGAAGGGCUCUAUGGUGACACCUCAGUUGUAUUCUCCUGACACCAGGAAGAGAGGGAUCAGCACCAGUAAUUAGAAAAUGCUGUCUGUUUAAUGGACUCUUGGUGGCCUGGUUAAGGCAAAGCAGUGGAAGCAAAUUUUUGUGUUAAGUGUAUUUGCAUUUUUAAAACUUGACAUGCUGUAUUGUACUAAAUUAAGUGUAAUCUAUUAAGGCAAGGUGUAUGCACCCUGCUCUGAAACUUAAUAUGUUUAUUCUAUUAUUAAAGCAUAUUCAGGUGUAAGGCAGACUGCUUUCAGUGGCACUAAUGAAGGAAAUUCCUCAUGCCAGGCUUGAUUAGAUUCCUCAGCUAAACUCCUAACUUUCUCCUUUUUCUUGGCACUUAUAUAGAAGUGAUGUUGCCUCUUAAACUGGAAUGAGCUAUUCUUUUUCUGUAAAAUAUUCCAAAUCUAUAGGCUAUGGUUUUCCAUAUUUGAAAAAGUAUUUUGUCUGGAUGUCUUUCAAACUAGCUUCAGAUAUUAUUUAAUAAUAUGUAACUGGGUCCCCUGUGACUCAGUAUUGCUUAUUUUUUUCUUCUGUGGUAGAUGUGAAAUUUCCUUUAGUUGGAUAAGAUACACUGUAAUAAUUUCAAUGCUAAUUAAUGGAUAUUUCAUACUGUGCAGUGAAAAAUAAUUUAAUAUUGUAUUAUGAAAUGUUUUUAUUCCUGUUGCUGCAGUGUGUGGUAUUGCAUAAUAUGAAUACCUGUAAAAAUAUAAAUUACUUAAAAAUAAAACUAUUACCAGUUGGUACCAGAUCUUUCUAGAUAGCUAAGUCAUUUGCUAAGUAUGCUUGAUAGCAAAUAUCUUUCUAAUGAGAAGAAAUCUAUGCUUCUUUCUCACAAAUGAAAUUGUGUUGUGAAUAAAAAUCACAUUGAUCUGCCUUAUAAUUGCCUCUGUGCUCUAACCAUUUUAAUGUGUUUUUAAGUAUAUCUAAAGAAUGGUGGUCCUUGGUUUAUAGAAAUGAGUCAAAUUUAUUUUAUUGGCAUUUAAUAUUAAUGAAAUUCUCUUGGGUCAUUCUCCCUAUUUAAAUAAUAGUAAAACAUUAUGAUCUGAAGAAUUUUAGGGGGUUUUCCUCCUUAAUGAGUGUGGUGACUGUGUAUUGAUUUUCAAAUAAAAUUAUCCCAUAGUUUUGCUUUGAAGCUGUCCCUAUUAUGAAUUCCUGCCUUAGACCUCCAUUUUUAUUGGUUACAUUUUCUAAAUUAUAUGGGUAAAUCUGGCUUCUGACAUUCACUUUUGUGUUUACCUUUCAAAGAGCCAUCCCUUCUUAGGAGUUAGUAAAUCAGUGCUAAGGGUUCUGAGAUGUUAUGCCGUUUGAACUGUUCAUCAUAAAAAAAAAAUCCUGUUGUACUCUGAUAAUAAAAUCACUGUCAUGUAGUUAUCGUUAAACUACAGAAUUUGGCAGAAAUUGCAUACUCAGGAAAAAGUGUAGAAUAAACUUUAUGUAUGUCUAUUUUUGUCACAGCCUUAUGGACAUAAGCUUUACUGUUGUAGGAGAAUUGACAGUUAUGCCACUGAACCCAGUUAAUUUGUAAGUACAGGCUUUACCUGACCUAUAAAGAGAAGAAAAGAAAACCUUAGCAACGUAGGUAGAUCCUCUCACCUCGUCCUCUCAAAGAAGGGGAUUUUACUCAUUAAAAUCAAUUUUUCCACCUGAGAAACUAUUGCCUACUAUAAUUGUAUUGUUAUUUUGCCUAGAAGAAAAUAAAUUAUUUCUAAUUAUUAAAUAAGUAAUUGGCUACAAAGGGAAAGCUAAAAACUAGCUUCUAAUAUAACAAGCUGCCUUCCCCUCCUCCCAAUUUUUACAAAAUUAGGCAUAGCAAGUUGAUUGCUACAAAGGCAUGAAUUAAAAUAGCUGAUGUUUAACUAUAAAACAAUUCAAGUUAUAGUGUAAACCCUUGGUUAUUUAAUCUCCUUUAGUAUAAACCCCACAAAGAUAUUAAGUCCACUAAAAGUCUGUCACCUUAUAUAUAAAUAAGUUGUUCUCUGAGACAUGAUAGUAAAUUAGUAUUCAUAAAAAUCAUCCUGUGGUCCCAAUGAAAAUGACAAUUGCCCUUUGGGACAAAAAUAGUGUUCCACAUACUUGAUAUGAUUAGCCUGGAAGCCUUAAAGUGCUUUCCAGUUGUAUAAGAACAAAUGCCACUCAGAUUUGGCUGAUGACUAAUACUACUAUGUCUAGCCUUCUCUAUCAUUUGUAAUUUAACCUUUCCCAACCUUGUAGCUCAUGGCACAGCUGUGUUGUAGAAAGAACAACUGUUUCCAUGAAGACAUCAUUGUCCAAUUUUAAAAGAAUAUAAUUUUCUUUCAGAACAAGUACCAAGACUCCAUUUCCCAUUGUUUAUUUCAGAGCCCAGUUCUUGGUUUUGUUUUCAUUGUUUACAUUACAGUGCCAGGGAAAUAGGAAGACAAGAGUGAGAUUUUACUGUCCUUAGUUUUCAUCAAAGAAACGUGAACAGUACUAUACAAUUACUUUUCAAUAAUUGUGCAGUCACCUAGUAGGGAAUCUUCUUUGGAAUAUUUUAUUUAUAAAGACAAUUAUCACUCCAUUUGAACUUGUUGAGAGCAUGAGGCAUUAUGGCAGAUAGAGAAUGGGAAAUGCAAAUGUGAAUAACACAAAUUCGUCUUACAGAAAAGCCACAAUAUAGAUCUUUGAAGAAGAAACCAUUAACAUACAGGAAAAAGUAAUGGGAAUUUCCUCUCAAAUUUUGUAUCUCAUCCUUUUCAGCUUCAUUUUUGUGUAUAUUUAUAGCAUAGAGUGAUAUAGACUAAUAAAUGUAUGUAAAUUAUGAACAA